AUGGCCACCUCGCAGCCAAGUCAAGCCCUCGUGAGGCGGGCCUCAGUCGACGACGUGGCCCUGAUGCCCCCACCGCCGUUCAAGCGGAUCAAGAGGCCGCCGAAAGUGCUCGACGAGGAUGAAUACACACAGGCGCUGUCCGACAUCAUUGCGCGCGACUACUUCCCCGGCCUGUUGGAGAGCCAACUCCAGCACGAAUACCUUGCGGCGCUGGAAUCAGGCAACGACGCAUGGGUUGCGGAAGUGGCGCACAGACUGAGACAGGCCGCCGCCCAGACGGCGGGUAGCGCGAAGAGGAGGGCAGCGCGAAGUACUCGCUUCGACAGUACACCGUCGGCAACGCCCACAAGAGCCCAAGAUACACCGCUGGGAAACACAGGCGACGAGACGCCCAUUAGCGUGGCUGGUUCUGCGAUCUCAGAUGGCGGAAGCGGGCUAGAAAAGCGAAACGGACAGUUGGACCUGGACACGGCAAGGCUGUCCCUAGGGGCCUUUCAAGCGAAAUACACGUCCGAAGACAACGAGUCGUUCAACACGGUGCUCGACAAACAAAAUCAAAAGCGCCGUCUCAAGCACGCGCACCUCUGGACCCAAGACCAGCGACUAUCUUCGGCGCGACAGAUCGCGUACCGCCGCGCCGCGCACGAAGCCCGCUUGCUCAAACAAAACCCAGAAGCACAAGCAGAGGAGGACGACGGGGAUGCCACGGCGGCGGCGGGCGGGAAAGCACUAAUCCCCAUCCCCAUCUCCAGUGGUGCGGUGGACUCCCGCCCCGCGAGGCCUGACGCCUGGAAGAUCCAGAAGCCCGACAACACACUCAUGUUCCCGGCCAGCUCGGUCGACGAGGACGGCAUCCCGACGGUCCAGCAAGUCAGGGAGCAGACCUCCAAGGCCGGCGUCAAGGAGGUCGUGCACGCCAACACGCGGUUCCCUCCUCUCCACGUCCAGUAUGCGGAUGACUUCGCGGCGGGCCCCGUCCCACCAAGCCCGAGUCUCAACACCGAAAUCAUCGCCCAACGCGGACGACGCGGCGUCGGCGGCGGCGGCGGCCCAGGAAACGAGGUCUUCUCUGCUGCCUCGGAAUUCCUCGGCAGCGAAACGCCCCGAGUCAACGGGUAUGCCUUUGUGGAUGAAGAUGAGCCGGAGAAUAAUAAUAAUAAUGUCCAUGACCCAUCCGCCGCCAACGGUUCGGCUUCGGCGCCAAGCUACAGGGAUCUUCUCGCCGGGCAGGUCGGGGACGGGACGCCCAACCCGUUUACAAUCAGCGAGAUCCGCAAGCGCGAGGAUCUGCACUUACGGAUGGUGGAGAGGCAGGCGAAGAAGAAGCGAGACAAGGACAAGGAGACCGUCAGGACGCCCGUGUCCGCGGUGGCGCUAAGUGGCCAAAGAGGCGCAAGGACGCCCGCCGGCAACGUGACUCCCGCGGCCAGGAGAUUGAUGGAGAGGUUGGGCGCGAAGACACCCUCCUCGAGAGGUGCUGUGCCGGGCGAUGUCGCCACGACGAGUAGUAGUACCCUAGAUUGGACGCCGGGUCGCACACCGCGAAGGAAGACGCCGCUGGUCAAAUGA